AUGAAUUACACGGAUAUUAUAACGGUGACUAGUGAGAUGUUUUCGACAACUGUCCUACCGGAUUUGAUGUCGACGGAUUUUUUUACGACUUCGGAUUUUUCGUCGAUGUCGGAUUUUGCGUCUAUGGAUAUAGAGUCGACUACUGAUUUUGUUAGUACGCCGCCUCCAGAGACCGGUAUAAGGGAGUGGUUGUUGGAUCUCGUUGUAAAGAAUGCAGCAGUCAAAGGCGGCUUCUGGCAAGGUUUCCUAGCGUCACUGUCCGUGGUUAUUGUGUCAGAAUUAGCUGACAAGACAUUCUUCAUAGCUGCAAUCAUGGCCAUGAAACAUUCUAGAAUAAUUGUCUUCAGUGGUGCCAUAUCUGCGCUUAUUUUUAUGACUGUUCUCUCAGCAGCCUUUGGCUGGGUAGCCACAGUUGUACCGAGGGUGUAUACGCAUUAUAUAAGUGCGGCACUGUUCCUCAUAUUUGGUCUGAAGAUGCUAAGAGAUGGAUGGAAAAUGGACCCGAACGAGGGUCAAGAAGAGUUAGAUGAGGUGCAGACCGAAUUGAAGAGGAGAGAGGAACAGGGUUCCCCAAGUCCGUCGAAGACUGAAGACUCGUCGGGACGACCCGAAAGCCCACAAUUAAGUCGGGUUGAUUCACAGGCUUCUUUAAACCCUAGAACACCUGAGGCACGAAAAACAUCGAGACCCAAAUCACUUAUGAUAUCUGACAGUCCUAAAUCGUCUGAGCGCCAGGUUCGCUUCAGCCCAGAAAUUAUAAAAUCUGAUGUAACGUAUCAAAUUCCCAAUGGCAAAUCGCCGCAAAGUAUAGAGCAGACAGUUAAUGACAGUAUAACAGAUCAGGAAUCAUCCCAAAGUAAUGCGAGGCGAAGACUCUCCAUAAAGGACAGGAAAGAAUCGAUCUCUCCCGAAAGAGAUAGUGGAAUAGGAUUGAAAUCACCACAAAACGCAAAGACAGAGUAUAUAUCGCCUGAAGGUGAAAGUCAUACGGGUGAAAAAACCCCCGAAGUGAACGUAUCGAGUCAGAAAACUCUAGAAGUAACGGGUCAGAAAUCCGAGGUGCCGUCCCAAGUCUCCCCUGAAGAUCCCCAAGCCGGGCCUUCGAAUCGGCCCGAAAUGAGGGAAGACAAAGAAGAAACAGCUGAGAUGCUGGAGCAAGGUCUAGCAGAGAGACGAAAAAGACGUAGUGCAGUCUUUAAAGUAUUAUUGCAAGCGGCAACUUUGACGUUUUUAGCAGAAUGGGGAGAUAGGUCGCAAUUGGCGACAGUGGUGUUGGCCACGAGAGAAGAUGUGUUUGGAGUCGUGGUGGGAGGCUCCCUGGGUCAUGCCCUUUGCACGGGAUUGGCUGUGAUUGGUGGAAGAAUGGUGGCGCAGAAGAUUUCUGUUAGGACUGUGACAAUUAUCGGUGGUAUAGUCUUCCUGUUCUUCGCUGUGAGUGCACUAAUAAUGGGCCCCGGCGAGUAA